AUGGAUCGCAGCUUGGAUGAGAUCAUUGGCGAAGACACACGCAACCAGAAUCGUCCCUCCGGUGGUGGACGCCGCAACCAAGGCCCAGGCCGCCGUCGUGGCGACCGCGAUGGCGUUAGAAAGCCUUAUUCCCAAGACCGUGUCAACCUGGACCUUGAUUGGGUCCAUGACAAGUAUGAUGACGACAGAGAUACUCGUCCCACCCGUGGUGGUCGUCGCUCUCGUCGCUCAACCUCGCCUGAACGUGGCGGCCCUAUGUUGACCAAGGUCCGCGUCGAAAACCUUCACUACGAUAUCAAUGAGAGCGAUCUGGAGGAUCUCUUUGGCAAAAUUGGCCCCGUUACCGACCUUACCCUCGUCUACGACCGCGCUGGACGCUCCGAAGGCGUGGCUUACGUUACAUACAAGCACCUUAAAGACGCACACGAGUCUGUGAAGGAAUUCGACGGUGCUAACGCCAAGGGCCACCCUAUCCGCCUGACUCUCGUCCCUGGCCGACGUGAACAACACAAGAGCCUCUUUGACCGUGUGGAGCGUCCUGGUCGUGAUGCUCGCAGUUUGAGCCCCGGAGCUACUCGUGGUGAGCAAUCAGAUGGGCGGCGCCGUGGUGGCCGCGUCCGCCGCAGCGAUGUUUCCAAGCCUGCCCCCGAGAAUAUCGACCGCUAUAUCCCCGGAGAGCGUGGUGAUCGUUCUCCACGCCGUAACGGUGGCCGACGAGGUGGCCGCGACAGCCGUCGGAACGAGCCUCGGAAUGAGACUGGAGGUCGUCGCGCCGCGAACGGUCGUCCUCGGAAGACACAAGAGGAGCUGGAUCAAGAGAUGGAGGACUACUGGGGUGGAAAUGCUGGUACAGAGAAUGCUGAUAAGCCCGCCGAGCAAGAGCAGCAGACUGCUGCUCCUGCUGCUGCCGCCGCUACCACCGCCCCAGCCGCCCCAGCCGUGCCUGUGAACGACGACGACAUCGACAUGAUUGAGUGA